AUUGGAUCAUUCAGAUGACUUCCUACAGUUUGCAGCCUGCUGAUUCCAUCCUUUAUUGCCCAAUCAUGCUAUGUUUCUUGGUUAGGGCGUGACCACCGGAUCCUGGGUCGGCGUAUCCAUUGGUAUCCUACAAAAUGAGAGGGGGAGCUGAGACCAUCCAUGAGGCUCCGUACUGGGCUAGAUCUGUGAGCAACCCAAGGCUCACUGCCCCCCUUAUGCAGGUCUACUGGGAAGGCCUAUUCACUCCCGCCGUCACCGAAGGCUUAGGCUUCUAAAAGCGACGGGAAACCCAGACCGAUGUCACUCAUAAUCAUGGUGUGAAUUAGCGGGCCCGAGCACUACAAGAAUAAUAGUCUAGUACAGCUGUCUUCAACCUAUUGUUCAUGAAAGGCCUUCCUCCAACUGCUCCACGAGUUCGAUACUAUGGCAGAAAUCUUCGGCGCUGCGGCAGCCGCGUUCGGCGUCCUGGAGCAAGUCUCCAAGUUCAGCAAAAGGAUUCUCUUCGCCAAAGACAGUUCGAAGGAUUUGCCUCCCAUUAUUGAGAGACACAUGCACAUCAUCAAUGACACGAUGGACAUGAUCAAGCUGAUUGAAGACGAGGAGCCCUUCAAGACUCGAGCCAUAAGAAACGUUCUUCGGAGGAUCCAGACCACUGGAACAGCCCUCACCCAGCAUCUCCAGGAGAUGUGUGUGGUGCUAGAGAAGGGUGGUGUCAGAAACUUCGUUCAUCAGCUUCGUGUCGGUACUAAAGAGGUGGAUCAGCUAGAGAAGCUGCUUCGUGAUUUGACAGAUGACAAGCAAGACCUCGGAACAAGUCUCGAGUACGUUCACGUUGGAUUAACCCACAAGGCCGGGCAGGCAGUCGCAGUCAACACGGCCGCGGUCCAGGAGCUGAACCAUCUCUUCAAAGCAGCCCUGGGAGACAAAUACGGCCUCAGAAUUGCAGCUAUUGUGCAAAACCGUCAAGCGAAUGGUGGGCUUCCUCUAAUCCCACUAUGUCAAUCAAGUCUCGUUGUACGACACUAGAUAACUGUAUUGCUGACCAUGAAUACACUACAGGAGAAGGACUGGUGUUCCUAGACGAGCACGACAUCACGGAGUUGUCCGGUCUGAAAGAGGAGGACCCCUCUACGAGCAACGACGACUCACCCAGGCCUCGUCGGAAGGAAAGAUACAUUGAGAGGAAUGAAGCCAUUAAGAAUUCCUUCAUGCUAAAUGUCCCAGUUGCCGAUGAGCCCGACACUUGGGCACACAUAGAUAUCAUCAGGAUUUCUGACAACAAAGCAACCGACGGAUCUACUAUGGUAAACUAUCCAAUAUCGUCGAAGCACCUCAUGGCUCUCAUCCAGCGGCCCUUGGGGAACUAGAGCCAUAGACCCAAGAAGGGCCUCAAGACUCACCAUAGUUUUCAGAAGGUGACCAAGAACGGGUGACUAGGGACUUUCUUUGAACUGGAUUGGUCUUCGAAGUUAAACCUCUGCUUCGGAAUUAAAAUCAACCAUGUUGAACAUGUUAGCUCUUCAUUAAAUGAUGAAGUAUGUCAACUUAUUCUGCAAGUAACGGUACUUCGGUACACAUUCAUAUUAAUCCCUAAAUCCUCACCGGUCCUCUGCAAAUCGCCUCUGAUUGUCAAGUGAUCGGCUUAUGCUCUUUUCAGUCUUCUCCAAACUAACAACAACAGCCUUGUAGAACCUUUCCCGUAGCUCCGAGUCGAGCAAGUCCUUUCCUCGGCUUGGAUACUUGAUACAGUAAUCCACCGCUCUUGGGAAAUGCGUUCCACCAAACACGCUCUUAAGACUCGUGCCGCACAGAUUGGUGACUUGUGCAUAGCUAGAGUGUCCUCUGUCUAUCUCCCCAGCGUCGUUUGUUCUUAGUCCAUGGACGAGCUUCCGAUGCGCAAGUUCAAGGAGUGUGAUUCCGAGCUGGUGGAGUAUCUCUCGACUGGGCGUUCCUCCCGAUGCUGACAGAUAUUGUUCGGAUCCGUUCCGACCCACAAGCUUCAGAGUAAAAUGAGGAUCCCAGACCCCGCCAUUGAUACUGUCUAGUAUCAUAAUAUUCUCGCUGCUAAAAGGUGUCUGCGGCCAAACCUUUGGUGUAAACCUGAGCAAUGCCUCGCAGAGUACGCGUGCCACAUGGAUCCUCAUGUGUUCGGCAGUGAGAUCCGGCAUUUGGACAUGACACCCUUCGCGUAUCCACUGCGAUAGAGGCACAGGAUCGAUGCGGGGUGGCAUUUCUGGAAAAUUCAACCGGUUCUGCCUGAGAGUAAGGUCGUCAAAGUCCGUCAUUGCCGGUAGGUCAGCAAGAUCCGCGGCCCAAUGGCCAAACCCCUGGCCGUAGUUACUUAAACAGAGGGCUGACGUUGAGCGCGAAUUGGAGUGCACUGUCUGCCUUUGUGGUGCCGACGACGGCUUUCGUUGUGUAGUUUGUCUUGUCGACCUACUGGUAGGGCGGGCCUUCCUUUUAGAAACGCCACGAUUGGGGCGUGAUCUUGGACUUCUAGACUCCCUAGUCCAAUGGUUUAGUUUUUUGAGGUCCUUUACGUCAAGAGGCAUCAAUGUAGAUGUUGCUCGAAACCAUAUGAGAUUUGUGCUGUUGUGACGGUGAGACGCAGCCUUGAACGCCAGAUGGAAGUCUAGAACUGGAGUUGUUUGUUUCAAGUCGUCAUUCACUCUGAGAUUAAAGUAUACUUGAUGCUCCUUAUGUACGUAGCAGACCUGGCAAAGCUGUUGGUAUAGGAGGCUUGUGGCCUUCUGACAAAUUUCAAACCUGGACAUCAUCUCUUUCUCGGCCUUUGUUAAUGGCUCCUGUUGACGUAACUGCUGAAUGUCCGAGAGCUGUGUGCACAAGUCCUGGAAUUGCAAGAAUGAUGGUUUUAUCCGUUGAAGAUGUUCCAGGAGACCUCCGUAACGAUUCGUGCGCCUUUCCCCUUGGGUUCCGCCCAUGGGGAAAUCAAGCGCCUUGAGAUUUCUAAUGAGCGAUUUCUAUAGAUAUCUGUGUUAGGAAAAUCAAUGCAACGAGAAAUGUGGUAUUAACUAUACUUACUUCUCGUUUAGUGGUCGUGAAUAAUUCUCGGAUGGCUCUGUCAAGGUCUUGGAGUUCCUUCGUCGCAUUAAAAAGGUUUUUGGAGACUUUUUCGAGCAUCCGUUGGACAUCAACAUGCUCCUCCAGCUCUAUUUCUAAUUCAUCAAUUUGUUUGAUGUUUUCGUGUUGUGCUCGACAGAUUACCAUCUGGCUCUGCAACUGAAACAAAAUUGGUCUGAUGUUCCGG